AGUCUUCCUCCCCCUUUACAUACGACAAGCAAAAAGAAGAAGAAAAAAAGCGAAAGGACAAAUCCAUCUAGGUCUCGGCGGCGAAGGCAGUUUGAUCUCACUCAUCGCCGGCGAUCUGCCGAUCUCCUCCUUCCUUCAUCAUCCGCCCUCUCCCUAUCUCGCUGCAGUUACAGUACAGGAGCGGUCGACCCGUCGGUGGCCAUGUCGCCGAUAUAUGGAGAAUUUACCAUUAACGACUUUGCCGGACUGGAGACAUUGGAUGAUUCCUCUUCAAAGGAGUUUCAGGAGUUCCAGGAUUUCUGGCUUGCUUGCGCCAAGCGCCAGAUGAGCCUCAGGCCCGCGUCACCGUCCCAUGAGGAGCUGAUGAAGCGCAAACAAGAGCGUAAUCGCAAGAGUUUGGUUAUAGCGCUCAACACAUAUGCCAAGCGAAACAAUAUGCAGAUUACUGAUUUUGAGUUUGUGGAAGAGAAAGAAAGGAAUCUUGUUUCUGGAAUGCUUGGAGGAUAUGUGCAUUCCAACUUUGUGGUGAAAGGUGUAGAUGGCAGACCAACUUUGUUCUUUGCUGAGAUGGAGCAUGAUUGCUUCCAGGAAGAGCACUCUGUACUUUGCUAUCUUAUGAGCAGCGAUGACUCGGGUUGUUGUUUCGGGUGCAAUAAGCGAGCAAGGAAGCUCAUGCAUCCCACAUGUGGUGGCUACUUGGGUGGACUCGAGGAUGUGCCGUUUCCUUACGUGGAGGAGGAUAGUGAUGAUGAGUGCUUUCUUGAAUGA